GAAACCAUAGAGUUACUUGACCAAUCUAGUAUAACCGUUGUGGUCUGUUGCAGGAAAUAGUGCCAGGUGCUUGAGUCGAAAAUAAACUGGCUGAAUGCCCAAAGUGACAGGACAACCAAAAGGCCCUCAUAUGAAAUUUCGCCAUGCGAUGGACGGGAUUUCUAAAAGUGUUUGCUUAAGAUUCGAAUUAUUGCAGGGUUUGUGACAUCAAAAUUCAUUAUGGUAACAAUGCAGGAUUUCGUACGAGUUUGUGUGGCUGUCACGUUAAUCCAUGCACUUCUUGUAUGUGCAUUAGCCCAAAAUUCUUCAUAUGCCCCCCAAUACCCAGAGGGGCCAUUAGGCAGCGCUCCCAUUGAAAUCCCUGACGAAAAGAAAAUCAUAAGGGAUCUGUUGCUUCUGUACGAAAAACGUGGAAUUGACGGUCGUCCAGUUCGUAACAGUUCCAUGCCAGUGUCUGUUAAGUUUAGCAUACAACUUAUACAAAUUAUGGACCUCGAUGAAAAGAAUCAAAUUCUUAAAUUGAGUGUUUGGGACAGAUAUGCUUGGAAAGAUGAGUUUCUUGUUUGGGAUCCAGCGCAAUAUGGCGGUGUGACGAACGUACGAAUCCACCAAGAUAAAGUAUGGAAACCUGACUUUAAACUUUAUAAUUACUUCGCUGAGCAUCCAUAUCCUUCCUUCACUGUCAAUGUUUCCCCAUUCACCCCCACUUCACGAAACUUUAACCAUGAUCUCUGGAUCUUACUCUUCAAAACUGUUAUCUACAAAAGUUCAUGUGCUAUAGACAUCAGCCAUUUUCCAUUUGAUGAACAAGAAUGUGUUCUAAAAUUUGGGUCAUGGACGUACGACGGUAACAAACUGGAUGUUAAUUUUCUGGACAACUUAACCAAAAUCGAUCUGUCUGAAUACAUGCCCAGUAAUGCAUGGGAAAUAAUCGAAGCUCCUGCCCGCCGAAAUGUACAGUAUUAUACUUGCUGUCCAGAGCCAUAUCUCGAUCUGACUUUUACACUUAAGGUCAGGCGGCGUUCGGCCUUUUACAACUAUCUUUUGAUUUUGCCGUGCAUUUUACUUUCAACUCUUACAUUGGUUCUCUUCUGGAUACCUCCGGAAUCCCCAGCCAAGAUGGCUUUGGGUAUUAACAUUUUUGUGGCGUUUUUCUUACUCUUGGUUAUUUUGGAAUCCAGUUUACCGUCAGCAUCAACCGUGCCUUUGCUUGGUAUUUACUACUGCUUCAACAUGGUGAUUAUCACUUUGUCUUCUUUCUUAAACGUCCUUGUCGUCAACAUGGCCUUUUAUGGACCCCGAGGGGAAGUGCCACAAUUUCUCAAGACUCUUGCAUUCGAAAUUUUCGCUCGAAUCUUCUUUAUGAACAGGCUCGUGGGAAAUGUAACUGAAUCAGACACACAGACGAAAACUUCUUCAGAAAAUCCAUCUCGAACAACGGCUAAUGGAAAUCAUUUUGUCGGAGUAGAUUCCGAAACAAACUGGCUGGCAGACGGCUGGAGAGAAGCUCACGAAGCCAGCAAAAGUAUCAUUAGUGGAGGUCCAGGUGGCCACUCACACAUGCCGGGUAGCUGCGGUCGCGCACUGCAUCAUCGUGGUGGACACGGUCCUGGGAUUUACCACACAGGUGGUAGUGGUAGUGGUGGCAGAAGUCAUAGCAGUGGCGGUGUUUACCAGGGUACCGGAUGUGCUAGUGGCGGUCAUGCGCAUGGAGGUCAUGCACAUGGUAGCCAUGCUCAUGCCGCAAGUCAUGCUCAUGCGGGAGGUCAUGGCCAUAGUUAUAGUCAUGGCGGUGGAGGUCAUAGUCAUGGUGGAGGAAGUCACGGUCACGGCCAUGCGCAUCCUGAACGCCAUGACCACCACCACCAUGGCGGUGGUGGUGGUCAUGGUGGUGGUCACGGUGGUGGUCAUGGUGGUUGUCAUAGUGGUGGUGGUAGUGGACAUGUCGUUGGUGGUAGUGGUGGUGGGCAUGCUGUUGGUGGACAUGCCGGUGGUAGUUCGUCGUAUGGUAGUAGUAUUGGUAGUAGUAGUAUUAGUGGUGGUGCUGGUGCUUGUGUUGCUAGCGGUGGCUCUGGAAGCUGUGAGAGUCUGAUGAAACGUAAGGAACUUAUUCAAAUUGAGAGAGACGUGAAAGCAAUUAGAAAGUUUGUGACUGAAAGUAUGUACCGACUCGCCGAAUCCGACCGCAAAGAAAAGUUGGCAAGAGAAUGGAAAGCAGUUGCCUUGAUAUUUGAUCGCCUUUUCUUUAUUUUCUAUGUCGUUAUUAUUUCAAUUUCACUGGUUGUCGUUCCAGUGACCUUGAGAGCUGGUUUAGGAAAAAAAUAACACAGAACAUUUCAAAUAAACUCAAAUAAAAAUAAA